AUGACUCCUUCUCUCCUCAUCGUCGGCGCCACCGGCAAUACCGGCCGUGCUGUCGCCCAAACACUGCCAAAGUUGCUUCAAUCCAGCAGCACUUUUUCCGGGCACCGCAUCAUUGCUCUCACUCGCUCCUCGGACAGCCCAGUGGCACAAGAGCUUGCCAAACUGACCGGAGUUGAAGUGAUCGAACAGAACUGGGUUGAGAUCACCACCGACUGGCUCCGCGAACACCAAGUUGAUAGGGCGUUCAUUGCAUCACAUAAUGGGCCCAAUCAAUUUGCCGAAGAGUCGAACUUCCACCUUAACGCUCUCAACGCCGGCGUCAAGUAUGUCGUGCGGAUCUCAACUACGGCUGCAAAUGUCCGCUCGGACUGCCCUGCCUACUAUGCACGCCAGCACUGGGCUAUCGAGGCUCUCCUCAGCUCACCCGAGUUCAACAACUUGCAGUGGACCUCUCUUCAGCCGAACGUCUUCUCGCCACUCAUUAUGUCCCCUGCUGCAGAGUUCAUCAAGAAAUACCGCAAGACUAGAGAGCAGGAUACACUUCGGCUGAUGGCGUCAGCGGAUGCACCUAUUGGCAUUAUCGAUCCUAACGAGAUUGGUGUUAUUGCAGCUCGUCUCUUGCCUCAGGAUGACAUUCUCGUUCAUAAUAAGGCCAAAUACGUUCUGAAUGGACCCGAGGAUAUCACUGGAAAGCAGAUUGUCCACAUGAUUGAGCAGCACAUUGGUACGCCGGUCAAAGAUGUUAGCUACAAAGACGUCUCGUUCGUCGACAUGCUAUAUGAGUACCAGUAUGCGGCAACCAAGCAAUCGAAGAACAUAAUCUACUCGAACAAGCGGGCUCUCGAGACAGCAUGGGAAGGGAAAUGCUCGAAUUCUACGACCAGCAAGGAGAUCCUGGAGCUUGCUGCUCCACAGCGUACGCCUGCUGAUAUCUUGAAGGCUUUACUUGAGGGGUAA